UGAGUGAGAGAGAUUGAAAGAUAUCAUCAUGGUGGGUUCAUUUGUUAGAGGAGCUCAAUCCAUCAACUGCAAGAUCCUCAAGGCAGUCCAAAGGAAAAGCUAUCACAAAGAGAGUUCUCCUCAGAUUGUGAUGGGUAAGUCACAAGAAGCUGAUGAUCAUGGAAGUAGGAGUUCUUACCAUCUCCAUGGAGACGGUGAAGAUGCAGCGACUCGGUGGGUUCCAGACAGUCGCACUGGGAUCUAUUACCCCCAGGGUCAUGAGAAGGUGAUAGAAGACAUACCAGUUGGUGCUGCAAAAAAAAUUGAUAAAGCUCAAUGGUUCUCAUACACUGCAAAUGCUCAGCUUUCCAACCGCAAAUGCUCAAUCGAUGAUGCUUGAGUGAUGUAGCUUUGCUCGUAAAUUCAUAUUAUUGUAUUGAUUCAGGAUGCAAGAAAAACAAAUGCAAA